AUAUGUUUCUUUUCUAUUCCCAAAACAUGCAGAAAAAAUCAGAAAAUGUUUUUCCAAUUUUUUUAGUGUAAAUUUUAAUGAGAUUUACAUUGAAAAAAACUUCGAAAAAUAUUUUUUGAAAUUUUCUGCGUAUAUUAAGGAUAGAAAAGAAACGUGGGAGGUGGGAAGAGAAAAAUUCCUCAUGUUUGUAAUAUACAUGCAGCUGAAGCAGCCACGACCCAAUAAACCGAGUGAUACAAACGGAUGCAGUCCAAGCCACGUCGAUAGAUAAGCACCACCCAAAUCUAUGGCAUGAAAUCAAGCACACUUUGUCUCUUACCACUGAUUCUUUCUAAUUCUAAAACUAAAAAACCAAACACGUAAUCUCAAUUUCACACUUCACACAAUUUAAUCACCACCAUCAUCAUCAUCAUAUAUUUAUACUCAACACAGUCAUUCUUUCCCCUUUAAUUAAUCACUUCCCCAAUUAUUUUCUAUUAUCCACACACUUCCAACAAAAUCUAGUUUAACGUUAGAUAGAACUAUAGUGUGUGAAGAAACAAAACAACACAACACAACACAACCAUGGCUUUCUCCACCACUUCCUUACUUUCCACAAACUUCUUAGGAGCAAGAAACAUUCCAACUCCCAAAACAACCAAACCAUCAAUUUCACUUCCAUUAUUCUUCAAAUCAACAAUCUUAAAUUCUCAAAAAUCAAACAAUGAUAAUUCAGAACCACUCAAAUCCGCUGCUGUAUCAGCUCUUAUAUUAUCCUCUAUGACUUUAAAUAUAACUCCGGUGGCUCUCGCCGCCGACAACAUCACACCACCACCACCACCACCGGUACUCGAAGCACAACCAAAUAAACUAAACCCUACAAAUUCAACUUCACCUUUCUCUCAAAACAUUUCACUCACAGCACCGAAACCACAAACUCAAUCUAUCACCGAUCUUCCCGACGGUAGUCAGUGGCGUUACAGUGAGUUUUUGAAUGCGGUAAAAAAAGGUAAAGUUGAACGAGUUAGGUUCAGUAAAGACGGUUCUGUCCUUCAACUAACCGCCGUUGAUGGACGGAGAGCAAACGUUACCGUUCCUAACGACCCUGAUUUAAUUGACAUUUUAGCAAUGAACGGCGUUGAUAUUUCCGUUUCUGAAGGUGAACAAGGUAACGGUUUGUUCAAUUUCGUUGGUAGUUUAUUGUUACCGUUCCUUGCAUUUGCGGGUUUGUUUUUGAUCUUUCGUCGUGGCCAAGGAGGACCCGGUGGGCCUGGUGGGCUUGGAGGGCCCAUGGAUUUUGGUAGAUCGAAAUCGAAGUUCCAAGAGGUUCCGGAAACUGGUGUUACUUUUGCUGACGUGGCUGGUGCUGAUCAAGCUAAGCUUGAAUUACAAGAAGUUGUUGAUUUCUUGAAGAAUCCUGAUAAGUACACUGCUUUAGGUGCUAAGAUUCCUAAAGGGUGUCUUUUGGUUGGGCCACCGGGAACAGGAAAGACGCUAUUGGCGAGGGCGGUAGCCGGUGAAGCUGGUGUGCCGUUCUUUUCGUGUGCGGCUUCGGAGUUUGUGGAAUUGUUUGUUGGUGUUGGUGCUUCAAGGGUUAGAGAUUUGUUUGAGAAGGCGAAGUCGAAGGCGCCUUGCAUUGUGUUUAUUGAUGAAAUUGAUGCAGUUGGGAGACAGAGAGGAGCUGGACUUGGUGGUGGGAAUGAUGAGAGGGAACAAACUAUUAAUCAGCUUUUGACUGAGAUGGAUGGUUUUUCUGGUAAUUCGGGUGUUAUUGUUUUGGCUGCUACUAAUAGACCUGAUGUUCUUGAUUCUGCAUUGCUUAGACCUGGAAGGUUUGAUAGGCAAGUUACUGUCGAUAGGCCUGAUGUUGCCGGUAGAGUUAGAAUUCUUCAGGUGCAUUCUAGAGGAAAAGCACUUGCAAAGGAUGUUGACUUUGAUAAAAUUGCUAGGAGAACCCCAGGGUUCACAGGGGCUGAUCUACAGAAUCUGAUGAAUGAAGCAGCUAUUCUUGCUGCCAGGCGUGACCUCAAGGAAAUAAGUAAAGAUGAGAUAGCGGAUGCACUUGAAAGGAUCAUUGCUGGACCAGAAAAGAAAAAUGCUGUUGUCUCAGAAGAGAAGAAGAAACUAGUAGCCUAUCAUGAGGCUGGCCAUGCUUUAGUAGGUGCUUUGAUGCCUGAAUAUGACCCUGUAGCCAAGAUAUCCAUUAUACCUCGUGGCCAAGCUGGUGGUCUCACCUUUUUUGCUCCCAGCGAAGAGAGGCUUGAAUCUGGAUUGUACAGUAGAAGCUACUUGGAAAAUCAGAUGGCAGUUGCUCUUGGAGGAAGGGUCGCCGAGGAGGUUAUUUUUGGCCAGGAAAAUGUCACCACUGGGGCAUCAAAUGACUUCAUGCAAGUUUCACGAGUGGCGAGGCAGAUGGUUGAGAGAUUUGGGUUUAGUAAAAAAAUUGGACAAGUUGCCAUCGGCGGGGGUGGUGGAAAUCCAUUCUUAGGACAACAGAUGUCAUCACAAAAAGAUUAUUCCAUGGCAACUGCUGAUAUAGUGGAUAAGGAAGUUAGGGAACUGGUAGAUAAAGCAUAUAUCAGGGCAACAACAAUUAUCAACACUCACAUUGAUAUCCUUCACAAGCUUGCUCAACUUCUCAUAGAGAAAGAAACAGUUGAUGGUGAAGAGUUCAUGAGUCUAUUUAUUGAUGGAAAAGCAGAAUUGUUUGUUCAAUAAUAAUGUUACACGCAAGACACAUACUCAUCAUGUUUGUACUAUAAGAUACACUUAAACAUUUACACUGUAAGAAUCAGUUAAAUAUUUAUCAAAUUAAGGUAAAAAUUUGCACAUAA